UACGUUAUCAUCACUACUGAAUAUUUGUUUACCUGCGAGCGCUGUUUUGCCGGAUAAAAUCAAACGUAUUGCAAGUGUAGAGUGAAGAGUUCAGUGAUUUGAAUCAGUACCAAGAAUCAGAGCGAACGCGAGAGACGUUGUACGAAUUUCUAUAGCAAAAUGGCAUCCGGCGGCUUGGCAUGUGUCAAAUAUUUGACAUUCUUUUGCAAUCUACUAUUUGCGCUCACUGGUCUGCUCAUCUUUCUGGUGGGUGGCAUGGUCCAAAUGAAUUAUGCCCACUAUUCGAAUUUUGUUAGCGAUCAUAUUUGGACGGCGCCCAUCAUACUGAUGAUCGUGGGCGCCGCUGUGGCGGUCAUUUGUUUCCUGGGCUGUUGCGGUGCCCUGAAGGAGAGCAGCUGCAUGAUCCUCAGCUUUGCCAUACUCGCCGUGGUCAUAUUUCUGCUCGAAAUAGGCCUGGGCGUGGCUGGGUAUGUGAAGCACUCGGGCUUGCAGCAGAUGAUGGAGGGACAAUUCAAUUCGACCAUGCGCCACUAUAAGGAGCGUGAGGAUUAUCGCGAUGCCUGGACCCUGUUGCAAACGGAAUUGGACUGCUGCGGCACAUAUGGACCCAACGAUUGGGAAUUUAUCUACCCCAAUAAGACCCUGCCGCCGGCAUGCUGCUCUGUCAUCAAUUUGAGCGAGGCCAAGGAAUGCACUGUGGUGCAUGCCACACAGAAUGGCUGCUUGCAGAAGCUCUUGGGCAUCUUGGACUCGAAGACAUUGAUCUUGGCCGCUGUGGUGCUGGCCGUGGCGGGUAUACAGCUUUUGACCAUACUCUUUGCCUGCUGCCUGUAUCGUUCGUUUCGCCGGAGCUACGAUCACGUUUAGAUUGCGCAGCGAUGAUCCCGUCUGUCGACUUUGAAGCAGCCGGAAGCGGCCGGAA